CUCACUUGGUUUCUGACGUCGGCUGCAGCAUGUCUGGAAGAGGCAAAGGCGGGAAGGGCCUGGGCAAGGGCGGCGCCAAGCGGCACCGCAAGGUGCUGCGCGACAACAUCCAGGGCAUCACCAAGCCCGCCAUCCGCCGCCUGGCCCGCCGCGGCGGCGUCAAGCGCAUCUCGGGGCUCAUCUACGAGGAGACCCGCGGCGUGCUCAAGGUCUUCCUGGAGAACGUCAUCCGCGACGCCGUCACCUACACCGAGCACGCCAAGCGCAAGACCGUCACCGCUAUGGACGUGGUGUACGCGCUCAAGCGCCAGGGACGCACCCUCUACGGCUUCGGCGGCUAAGCUGUCACCCUGACUCCCUCGACACAACUCCCAAAGGCCCUUUUCAGGGCCGCCCACAUGUCUC